AUGGGAGGUGAAGAAAAUAUACCAAGAUGCAUAUGUGGAUGUGGUUUGGCUAUGACUUGGGCGAGUUCCUCUUCUCUGGACUCACAAUCAACACGCGGCUCAAAGGUAUAUCUCGCCAGAGUGCAGAGAGAGGCCCACAAGAAGUUGAAUCCAUAUCGAUCUGAUGAAAGGCGAAAUCUGCUUUGUGACCGAGAGCAGGGCAACCCGAUGGAGCCGACGACCAGUCGCAACACCAGCUCGGGGCAAGUUAGCCGAUGGGCUUCCUUUCGUGUUAGAACAUGGGUGAACACGUACCAGACUCUAGUGUUCAUGGUGCAUAACGUGGUGGGCUACCUCCUGAUGCUCGCCGUCAUGGUGUACAAUGUGCAUCUGCUACUAGCUGUGGUCUUUGGGAUGAUGCUAGGCUAUUUCCUGUUUGGCACGAAGCUAACGCGCCUCCAGAUGCAAUGCUUCGGCACCAAGCGCGUGGUGAUUUGCACGCCCGAGUGCGACGACACCGACCGCUGCAACACUGAAAAGUGUAGCUGGGAGGUGUGCGAGGGCAAGCUGUGCAAGCAGCUCGACGCGCUCGAGCUGCAGCAGGCCGACACCGCGCUCGCGGACGUCUACCCGCACAAAAAACUUGCUUAUAAUAUUAUUUAUAAUACUAAUUCCAAACUAAUCUUUCCAGCUGACACCACAACGCCGCCGCUCCUAGACUCGACCGGCAGCUCAGAUUCAGACACGUUCGUAUGUCAAACUCGUACCUGCAUCCAACCCUCACAUUAUUUCCGCGCGAGCACCUCACAAGAUGGCGAACCCAGUAGUGCCACAUGCUAUUACGGCGCCAAAAAAUGCCCAUCAAAAGUUGCCAGAGCGAAAAAACAAGCAAACACGCACUGCCAACAUUCGGAAAGCGAAAAAGAAGAUAGUCCCUGUGUAGAAGAUACGCAAUUGCUUCAAAAACACUCGUGUUGUACGAAACCUCAGACAGAGAAAUGCUGCAAAUCUAGUCAGAUCAGUACUAUAGUUGUUCAUGAAACGGAUAAAGACUCGGAAAGUCAGGAGUCGCAGAAUAGAGAGAACAGUCCGCAGAUAUCUUGUUGUCACGCGAAGGCAGCGUCCAGCGACAGCCAGGAGCAAAUAGUUACG